AUGGAGUUUGAAGGGAACAUGUUCUGUCUUGGCAACAGAGACCAAAAUGGAAACAGUAACAGUAACAGUUUUGCUUGGGGUACAUGGGAAACAACCACCCCCACUACUGCUGCUAAUAAUAACAACAAUAGUAAUAACGGUUCCAGGUUAGUCAACGCUUUUAACAACACCGUCGUUGGCGGCGUCACGGCGGCGGAGAGUUCUGUCCCCGCGAACCGUCACGACUCCGCUGGACUAGCCAACGCGCUCAUGUUUCUCCCCCGAAACGACGGUGUUCUGCGUCAGCGCCAGCAGCAGAAUCCGUACGUGGGAGAUGGGUCGCACGUGCACCCGGACCCGCAUCUCAUGUGCUUGAAGCUUGGGAAGAGGCAUUACUUUGAGGACGCCAGUGGGAGUGGUAGUGGCGGCGGCGGAGGUGGUGGUGGAGGAUUGGUGUUGGGGGAUAAGAGAGGGAAAGGGUAUUCCGGCGGCGGUGGUGGGGUGAAGACGGUGGGGUUCACGGCGGCUACAGUGCCGAGGUGUCAGGUGGAGGGAUGCCACGUGGCGCUGCUGAAUGCGAAGGACUACCACCGGAGGCACAAGGUUUGUGAGAUGCAUUCCAAGGCUCCCAAAGUUGUGGUGUUAGGGAUGGAGCAGAGGUUCUGUCAGCAGUGUAGCAGGUUUCAUGUCGUAUCGGAGUUUGACGAUUCUAAGAGAAGUUGUAGGAGGAGACUGGCAGGUCACAAUGAGAGAAGAAGAAAGAGCUCCCAUGAUUCUGUUGCAAGGAAUUCUUCACAAGGAGGGUGUGCUCUCUCUCUUCUGUCAUCUAGGAGUGAUUCUUGGCUUUCUCCUGCUGAUCUCUCCAUAAGAUGCAGUGCUGCAUUGCGCGAAUUGAUAGCUGAAAACCGAGCAGCCAUCAUGGCCAGGCAGUUUGUUUCAGACAGGGAGUGGCAUUUACACCACCAUGCAGUGGAAGACUUCAAGGAGAUCCAACCUGAAUCCAAUUAUUUCCCUCAACAGAUGUUUCCCCAGACACAGUAA